AGAAUGAAAUGUUACUUUUGCUAGUGGUGGGUGUGGUACUACGGGGCGGGGUGGGGCUAUCACUGUCCCCCCCUCCUGCCUCCCUCCCCCCUCUCCUCCCUCCGACCAAUGGGCAUAGUAUUAGUGGAACAGGAACAGGAGAAGGACUUCUUAUACAGACAGCCUCAGGAACGGUUCGAGGAAAGACAGUUUCUGGAAUAAGAAUGUGGACAGGAAUUCCCUACGCUCUUCCCCCCAUUGGAGAAAAUAGAUUUGAAGCACCUCUGCCCCUGGAAUCCUGGGAGGGUGUGCGGGAAGCUAAGGAACCCCCAGCAGCAUGCCCCCAGCCCCCUUCAUCUCCUAUAACACCCCUGAACAUCAGUAAAACUAGCGAGGAUUGUUUAUACCUGGAUAUAUUUGCCCCGCCCUCGGAGAAAACCCUUUACUCCGACCAGGGGUUUAGUACGGAGAGAUAUCCGUCCAGCUCCAAGGUUGACUCGGAGGAGGACGAACCUACCGCUCGGUAUCCGGUUCUAGUCUGGAUACACUCAGGAGGAUUCCAGUUCAACUCAAACAAUCAGGCCAACUAUGCUCCUCUGGUAGAACACGGGGGGGUUAUAGUUGUCGCAGUUCAGCAUCGUCUUGGAGCUCUAGGGUUUCCUGGACUAGAGAACAGGGAGAACCUUGGGAUACAAGAUCUAGCUCUAGCUAUAGACUGGAUUCACUCCAAUAUCGGAGCCUUUGGAGGAGAUACUUCCAGGAUAAAUCUACUUGGAGUAGAGACUGGAGCAGUAUCUGUAUCUUUGCUCCUCAACUCCUCUAAAGUCUCAAAGUUAGUUUCUGGAGGAAUUCUUCACUCUGCAGGAUCCCUCAGUCCUUGGGUUUAUGAUGACCGAGAGAAGAGUAGCAAGCAAAUGCUAAAGCUAGCUGCCACCCUCAAGUGCUCAAUUAAAAAGAAAAAGGAGAUUUUGAUUUGUUUGAAGAAGUCCAGUGUUGAAGAUAUUAUUGAAGCUCAAACCAAACUCUGCAGCACAUCCUUACAGGAAACCUGCUUUAUGCCUGUUCUGGAGACUGACCUCCAUCCUACCUUGGACCACGAGGUCAACGAGGUCCAUGGAGCGAAGGAGGUUAAUAAGGUCAAGGUGGUGGAGGUCCCUAUUCUACAAGGAUCGAAUUCAAACGAAGGAUUUUUGAAGAUGAUGAAAUUUUUGACUCGAGAGUUUCCGACAGAUAAACUUCACAGUGAGGGGUUCACACAGGAAAUGUACAUGAACAUGCUGCAGAAAAUGUUCCCAACCUUUGAUAAAAAGAGUUUGUCAGUUGUUGAGUUCCUGUAUUCAUCCGGGGAUAAUGAUUUCUCACCCACGAAGGCAUCAGCUAGAUUCCUGUCAUUGGAGAAGAUAGUUGGAGAUUAUCUGUACAGUUGUGGACAAGAUGUACAGCCGGAGUCAGCUGUACAGUACUCAAACAUGUAUAGGUAUAAGUUUACCUGGCGGCCCUCUACUGAAGGCUGGCCGGCCUGGAGCGGAGUCAAGCAGGAAGCUGAGCUAUCUUUUAUCCUGGGUCAACCGCUUUUACAG